CCCGUCUCUCGCACAUCGUCUAUCGUCUCUGUUACACAGGCUGUGGAGGUAAAGCUGCGGAGAGAGAGAGAGCAAUAGAAGAACAACAGCUGAAAGCGGAGGAACGAUGUCACUGGUAUGGAUGGAAGCGCUACUUCCUCUCGGAAUCAUAGCCGGAAUGCUAUGCGUCAUGGGAAAUGCUCAGUAUUAUAUCCACAAAGCCGCCCAUGGCCGGCCUAAGCACAUUGGGAACGACAUGUGGGACGUCGCGAUGGAGAGAAGGGACAAGAAGCUCGUCGAGCAGGCGUUUGCCCAUAUCCAGAAUUAGAUUACCUCUUGAGGAACCUUUGUGACUGGCGAAGCAAUAAAGUCGUCGUCCCAUUCAGAAGGAGCCGAGAGCAACUCUAAUCACCAAUCUUUUCAUUGUAUGUGAAUUUGCAUAAGCUAUCAUAAUGAUAAUGGGAACAUUUACAUACUCCAUUGAUUUUAUUUGUAAUGUUAACCUUCGGAUAUGAGUUUGUUCGUUUGA